CUGACAGUGACACUGACAAGUUGCAUUAUUUGAAAAAUGGCUUUUACUUCGGCUGUACGCUUUUGUUCCAACAAAUAAUUUUAUUUAUAACGUGAAUAUUGCAUUUUUGGUGUUGAAAAAAACUGUUUUAGUUUCCAUAUCGUAGUGCUGGUGAUAUAUUGUUUUGUGCUUCACGUGCAUCGUUUGAUUGGGAUCAGCUGACAUCUGAUAUUUUUCCGAUUUGGAUAAAAUGCCGUAACCAACAGUGCCAAUCUACAAUAAGUGUUUACAUUCGUACUUAAAUAAGUUUUAACAUGGACCCAGGGUACUUCGAUAUAGAAAGAAAGCAGAAUCCGAGGGAGACGGCCAAUCUCAUAUCGAAAUCAUGUUUUUGGUACACAAGGCCACUGUUUGUAAAAGGACGCAAAGGUCAACUGAGCAUAUCAGAUGUAUACAGAUGUACGCCAGGGCAUAGGGCGGCGCCCCGCGGAGACACGCUGGCCGAGAAAUGGAAACAAGAACUGGAUAGCCGGGAAAAAGGCAAGAAUCCGUCCCUACUGCGUGCUAUUAUUAAGAUAUACGGUCUUAAGUUUAUCAUAGGAAAUAUAUUGUUCGCCAUCGUCGACGCUAGCAUAAGGCUAUCCAUUCCAAUGUGUCUCGAGGGUUUAAUAAACUAUUUCUCACCAAACCACGCCGGCGUCAGCACCACACUGGCGUACUUUUAUGCGGCGGGGGUAGUCGGUUUUAUGGCGAUAAAUGCAAGUAUGAUGCAUCCUAUGCUGUUGUGGCUACUGGACAUGGCUAUGAAAAUAAGAGUAGCUUGCUGCUCCCUCAUAUACAGGAAGCUCCUUCGAUUAGAAACCAGCGAAAGCGGUCUCUCCGGUCGAGUACUAACUCUUCUAACCGCCGACGCCCCACGAUUCGACAUGGCUUGCCUGUUCAUGGUGGACCUAGUUCGAACGCCCAUUGAAAGCCUGCUGAUUGUGUACUUAAUGUACAGGCAAAUCGGUGUGGCUACAUUAGUUGGAGUGGCGUUUCUGCUAAUGUUCAUACCUUUACAAGGUUACCUGGGCAAGAUAUCCAGUAAACUACGUCGGAAAACUGCCAUGCGGACAGACAACCGAAUAAGACUAAUGAACGAAGUUAUUCAGAGUAUAGAAGCUAUUAAGAUGUAUGCUUGGGAAAACGCGUUUGCUAGGAUCAUAGGAGAGGCAAGGAAAAAAGAAAUGAGCAUAAUAAAAAAGAUGUCGUGGCUGCGCGCAGUCAUGAUUUCCUGCGUCAAACUUAACACGAAAGUGGCCAUAUUUCUCUCCAUAAUAUCCUUCCUUUCCUUCGACAACGAGUUAACUGCCGCGAAAGUGUUCGUUAUAUUCUCCUACUACGAGAUACUGAAGUACACAUUAGUGGAUUUCCUGCCUCUUGCUAUCACUUUCACUCUGGAGGCGUACGUGAGUGUGAAGAGGAUGCAAGAGUUUUUGUUGUUGCCGGAGGUGGAUAAUAAGGAUGGGGUGGAUUUGAUGAUAAUUGAUGAGAAGGUCAAGGUUAAUGGGGUCUUUGAGAAGAUUGGUAAUGGGCAACAGGCGUACAUAAAAUCGGACACGAACCUCGAGAAGCUAGCGAAGCCACAGGUCCUUGUGGCCAUGAAGAACUACACGGCGUAUUGGAAAAACGCCGAGUCAGGAGACAGCGGGGACAAUACGGACAGAAAAACGCUGGCGCUUAGCGAUAUCAAUCUAGUUAUAAAACCUGAAACCCUCACCACUAUAGUGGGCACGGUCGGCUCCGGCAAGUCCACGAUACUGCAAGCCAUCCUGCGCGAGCUGCAGCCGAGUCAAGGGCACUUGGAGGUCACGGGGACGGUGGCGUACGCCGCACAGGACCCUUGGCUCUUCGAGGCUUCUGUCCGUCAAAACAUCCUGUUCGGUCAAGAACUGGACCUUAGGAGAUACAAGCAGGUCAUCAAGUGUUGCCAGCUGAAGAGCGAUCUGGAAAUACUGUCGCACGGCGACAAGACCAUCGUCGGGGAAAGAGGGGCUUCACUAUCCGGCGGGCAGCGAGCUCGCAUAUCGCUGGCGAGAUGUGUGUACCAACACGCCGACGUGUACCUACUGGACGACCCGUUAGCCGCUGUCGAUGCUAAGGUAGCCCAGGCUAUGUACGAGGAAUGCAUUCGAGGGUUUCUAAAGCAUUCUGCAGUUGUGCUGGUCACACACCACGCGCACUACGCGCGUCACGCGGACAACGUUUGCGUCAUGCGUUCUGGAAAGAUUGUGGCACAAGGCACCUACCACGAACUGCAAAACGGUGUGCAGGAGUUCAACGCACUCAUCGAGAUGGGGGAGAAGAUAGAAGAGAAAAAACAGAAGGAGAAGAUAGUCUACGAGAACCAGGACAGCGUGGAACACAGUCACAAGUUGCGAUCGCAGCGGUCCAUGUCGGAAGCGUCUCAGUUGUCUUUCAACCUCGAUUUGGAUAGCAAUUUGGACCCGACUUACGAAGGAGAAGUCCAGCAUAAAGGAUCUGUGGAUAACAGCGUGUACAUCGCGUAUAUAAAGAGCGGCGGCACCAAAUGGUCAAUGGCCUUAAUGUUCACGUGUUUCCUACUAGCCCAAGUGUUCUACUCGUCUACAGACAUAUGGCUUAAGGAAUGGGUAAAUAUGGAAGAGGCUAAUAGCGCAGCGGUGCGGGCCGCCAAGAACCAAACACCACCUGUACCUACCCCAGAAUUCACCGAAGUGUCCGGCAACAUGUUCCACCUAACCCGCAACCAGUGUGUGUACGUGUACGCGAGUCUUAUCGGAAUCUGCAUAUUCUUUACUUGGAAUAAGCUGGUGCUCUUCUACAACACUUGUAUACGCGCGUCCAUCACAUUGCACGACACUAUGUUCAGGGGAGUGACCAACGCGCCGAUGUGGUUCUUCCACCAUAACCCAUCCGGCCGCAUCCUAAAUCGGUUCUCAAAAGACAUGGGGCAAGUUGAUACACUGCUGCCGGUCGCUUUGGUUGACUGCCUUGGGUUCUUCCUCGAAGUGGUAUCCAUCCUCGUGGUGGUGUGCCUGGUGAACUGGUGGCUGUUGCUGCCCACGGGCGUGGUGGCUGCCCUGCUGUUCCUGCUGCGGAGCCUGUUCCUCAGCACCAGUAGGGAGCUCAAGAGGAUUGAGGCUAUAGCUCGCAGUCAAUCGCUCAACCACACUACCGCCACGGUGGGUGGUCUCGCCACCAUCAGAUCGACGAAGGAAACACAGGUCACCCUUGCGCGCGAAUUCGACAAGUUACAGGACCUUCACAGUUCAUCAUGGACCCUGGUCCUCAACACGAACAGAGCUUUCGGAUUCUGGAUGGACAUGGUCUGCUGCCUCUACCUCGCCUUCGUUACCUUCAGCUUCUUUCUAUUUAGCGACGAUACGAUCGGAGGCAACGUCGGGUUGGCCAUAACACAGGUUAUAGGUUUAGUGGGCAUGUGUCAGUACGGCAUGCGGCAGACAGCUGAAGUGGAGAAUCAGAUGACAUCCGUGGAAAGAAUGUUGGAAUACACAAACCUACAGCCAGAAAAACCGGUGGAAGUGGACACGGAAGCACUGAAGUCCAACCAUCCGACCUUAAACUUCGAGAAAUGGCCCGAACAAGGUGAAAUCGCCUUCGAGGACGUAUCCCUAGAAUACGAGAAACCCCCCAAAAGGGAAGAACUUCAGAAACCCCAUAAAAAGCACAAUGAUAUCGAAGCCCCCAAAGUGGUUGAUGCGAAAGAUCUUCCAACGUAUGCUAUAAAGGGUGUGAGUUUCGUUGUGAGGCCUGCUGAGAAGGUAGCUGUCGUUGGGAGAACCGGAGCUGGGAAAAGCUCACUCAUACAGGCUUUAUUCAGGUUAGGUAAAACGUCAGGCAAGAUCUCAGUGGACGGCGUGACGCCCGAGGAGGCCGGGCUCCGCGCGUGGCGCCAGCGCCUCGUGGCGCUCCCACAACGGCCUGCCUUGUUCGCCGGACCGCUACGGGACAAUCUAGACCCGCAGCAUAUAUAUACUGAUGCUGAGAUAUACAACGCACUUCACGAGGUUGAGCUAACAGAAAUGAUAAACAACAUGCCGGCGGGCCUGUCGACCAUGGUGGGCGACGGCGGAGGCAACUUCUCCGCCGGGCAGAGGCAACUGGUUUGCCUCGCGCGGGCCGCCUUAGCUCGCUGUCGAGUGCUGGUACUCGAUGAGGCCACGGCCAAUGUGGAUACCGAAACCGACAAGCACAUCCAGAACACAAUUCGCACCAAAUUCGCGCACUCCACUGUGCUGACCAUCGCGCAUAGACUCAACACCGUCAUGGACUACGAUAGAGUCAUCGUCAUGGAUCGAGGGCGCGUGGUGGAGUCCGGGCAUCCGUUCGAGCUGCUGUCCCCGCAGGGCCGCGACGCCCCGCGCCGGUCAGUGCUGCUGUCCAAGAGCCAGGCUCCUUUAGCGAUCCCAGAGAAUUUCCCAUUCGACCCGUCUGCCGAGCGCGACGUCGACCCGAACGAGACGCUCAUCGUGUCGCGCGACAGGACAAGGACUUACUCCAACAGGUCUGAAGUGAGCGACGUCGACGGAGGUAUUUUCAAGACGCUAGUGGACCAAACGGGCCGAGAUACUGCCGCGAUGCUAUAUCAGAUGGCUGAGGAGAGCUACAACAAAAUGCUGGCAAGGAAGAGCAAAGUUGAAUAACUGGUUCUACUCGCUAUAUAAAAAAAUGGUGCAUUAAACAAUUAAAUACCUUAGGUGCCUUGCCAAAAGGACUAUAAUCGUAAAGAAAUCUUCCAAUACUUAAGAGGAAAAGGGGCGACUUCUCCAUACAAAUGUAGUCCCCGUUUUCCUCUCUCGUCGCCCCUUUUCAUCUUAAUGAUGUCUGAUGUUUUUUUUAUCGCUUAUGUCUCGAAUUUAAACUGUAUAUUUUUCGUAUAAAUUAAAAAUAUUUUUACUGUAUCCACCAUAUAUAUACAGGUCUUAGAUUUAAGGCCGGUCCAGACGGGACAAUUUUUCGCCAAUCUGAUUAAACUGUCCGAUCAAAUCAGGCCGAUUAUGACCAAUAUUACCAAUUUCAAUAACAAAACUUCCGUGAGACACAGACAUAUCUUCCUCCUCCUCCUCGGUACGGAGUGAAACAUGUCGAGCGUUUUCGACUUAAAAUACGUGAGUGACCCGUUAUUAAUAUGUUUAAUAUUACCGAUAAUAAAAUGGAGGUGGGCGUUUUCUAAAAUGAAUAUUGAAAAUCUGAUUCUCACAGAUCCUGGUGUUUUUGGGUGUUUUUAAUCAGAAUCACUAGCAUAUUCAAUCGUGGUGAUAAAAAAAUGUCCCAUAAAUUUGUAUGAAAAAAGUACAUUCCACUACGUCACGCACAAGUGAAAAAAAGAUUCACGCUAAAACGUGACGUAAUGGAAUGGACAUUUCGGGACAUCUUUUUUUAAUGGCAGGAUGGAGAAUGCUGUCGAUUCUGAGUAGAAUGAGCCCAAGAAUGUCCAGAUUUGAAAGAAUCAGAUUUUCAAUAUUUAUUUUAGCUAAAACACCCAGGUGCGGUCACAGGAAUAGCAAUUUGUGACGCUAGUAUAUUCGUUUGGGGGGAUUUUUAUUAAUUUAGAGGUCUCAAAUAUCAAGAUCUCGCUUCCCACAAUCUCCCCCACACCAAUCUCAUUGGGGUCUUCUCGCUUUCUACAAUCCUGCACUAACUACACGUUUCUGUUUGACCCAAUGGUUGACUGGUAGAGAAUGCCUAAGGCAUUAAGUCCGCCUUUUCUACAAUUUUAUAUCGUGCAAUAAAGUUUAAAUAAAUAAAUCUAAAAUUGGUGAUUAAAUUGAAGAUUGACGCCAAUUUCAUUUUUGAUCAAAUCGGUCGAUAUGAUCAUCCCGUCUGGACUCUAUUUCCCGAAUGUUGAGAACAUUCGUGAUAAAUACCCACAAUUUUAAUGAUACAGAAAACUAGGUCGCGAUUUAAAUCACAUUAAAAUUAUGCAUUUCUACUUAAAUAUUAUAUAAUAAUGCCUUUUGCAUUUAAACAAUGAACGGUUAUUGGCCAGGUUUAAUAUGGCAACAUUUUAUAAAUCAUCAUAACACCUACGUUUUAACUAUGACCAAAAAUAUGAUAUUUUUUUACAAUAAUUGGCUAAGCCAUUUUUCAUUGGAAAAUAUGCUGUGAAAUUUUUUUUGAUUACUAUAAGCAUCACUUACGAAAUGAAGAGAACAACAAAUCUCAAUUCGUAACAUAAUUGCGAAACGAUCCCUCUGUUCGUAACCAGUUACGAACAAAAAAUAUUCUUGUUCGUAACUAGUUUGUGCCUUUGUUACGUUUAAAUACACCACAACCGUCAGAGAUUCACCUACCGGCUAUAAGUAUCUAAAGUGUGAUUAGGUAUACUUAAUUGCAACUUUGCCCAUGCAAUGCAUUUACUGUCAACUGUACAGUCGCCGUCACAUAUAUCGGAGCGGCCAAGGUGCUCACAAAUAUCUGAACACGCCUCUAUUGUCAAGGCGUUAGAGUGAAUGAUCAGAUAUUUUCCCCGCUCCGAUAUAUCUGAUGGCGACUGUAUGUUGUUGAUCACUUAGCUUAUACGCAAGGCAUUGUAGGAACACCUAAUAUAAUUAUAAGACACGGUGUGUAUAAUUAUAAAUAUGUUUUAGUAAAAGAGGGUCAGUAAUCAACCUAUUUUUCUGUUGUGUCCUGUGAGCCAGGGGACAACAGAAACACACUUGUAACACGAUCAUGAUGUACAUAGUCCAUAAAUAAUUUGUUUUUAAAUUAUGUACCACUAAUAUCCCUUUCUGGUGCAAUUAAAUCCCAGUUUCAAUAUGUGACCCAGGAGACAAAAAAGUGAAUUCACCCUAGAAAAAAGGAUUGUUAGGCAACAUAAUGAAACAUAUAGGACACAGAGUACUUAAGUAUUACUUACUUAAAGCACCAACAAGAAAAAUAACGAAAUAAAAUCCACUUGUUCCAUUAUUGGAUUCCCUAAUUGAAGCUAGUACUCUCUAGUACCUGACCCGUCAGGGUUAAACACUUCAGAAAAACUGUGGACAAUAGGUACCGUAAAACGGGGUGGCUUUAGGAAAAUUUGGGGCUACUUUGAUGGUUUUAAAACGGCCAUAAAAUUACCAUUAUUCAUUAUUUACUGAAACUGUUCGUGUAACUAGUUAGAUUACUAUAAUAUUGAUGUUCACCUGUAAAAAAUCUCGCAUUAAAUAUAUUUAUGGCUUAAAAACUAAAAUUUCAAAGUCCACCCCGUUUUACGGUACAUUAAAAAUUAACGACCCGGGUACAUGUAUAUUGUUAUUUCAGUCUCAAGUACUGAAAUAAACAUACCAUAAGGCUAUAAAAUGUGUAUGACCCGUAACGUCAGUGUCUUCUGCUAAAAUAAAUGUCAAUUCAAACUGAAGCUUGCCUUAUUAAACAUGGUGCUCUAUUACUUUUAUUAAUUUAAAAUAAUUAGCAAAUUAUAAAUAUAGCUAUUAUUACGUAAAUAACGUGCUAUUUCGAAUUAUGUCAUUCGUUAUAACAUUAUUUUAUCUAAUAAGUGUUUCACAUAAUAAAUUUUUUUAGUUGUCAAUUAUUUAAAAAGUAAAAAAAAAGUGAUUCGAAUAAGUAACGCCAGUAUUAGAUUUAAUAGUUUUAUUGUUAUCAACAUUAGGUGAAACUUUAUUAGGUGAAAUAAUAUUAAAUAUGCAAUUUAUCAGUAUUCGGGCUCCACUAUUUAUUUGCCCUUACUUUAAUUAUGUAUUAUUUAUGAUUUUUUAUCCCAAUCUUUAUGUUCUGUACUUAUUAGUGUAUAUAGUGUUAUGUACUUAAGUGAUCGAAUAUAAAAUGUUAUAUUGGUUGCAUGUACAUUGUGAUAUUUAAAGCGAAUAAAUAUUUUAAAUAUGAA